AUGGACGAGUACUCGGAUGAUGGGUUCGACGACUUGAACGACAACACUCUGCAGGAACUCGAAAACAACGCUAUCCAGUUUACGCAGGCCCAGAAACCCGCUCAAUCGCAAUUUGCACCUCAUGCCCAAGCUGAGGCCUACGGAUUUGCCUUGGACGACGACGAUUUGGACGACACUGUUGUCAUUGACGAGCUUGCCGGGCCCUUACCUCGUCCUCACCCCGGCCACACUCUACCGCUCCAGCAACCCCGGGUUCUCGCCAGUCUCGCCGGCCAGCAGUCGCGACCCUCAUACCCCCCUCGCCCGAACUACCCGUCUCCGUCGAGGCCCGCCCCGCGUCCUCUUUUGUCUCAGCGAUACCCCGCCCGCCCCGCGCCUCAGCCGUCGCAGUUUGCGCGUCCUCCCGUCCCCAUCCCUCGGCCAUACCAGAUCCAGCCAUCGCAGGCGCUACAGGGUACAGCGACAGGCAAUCAGAACGACGUGAUAACUGCUCUUCAAGCCCGUCUAUCUGUCCUCGAGGCCGAGGCGACUGCGGCCAGGGGUGAGGCGGCCAUCUUACGCUCCAAGUUCGAUAAGGUUCAAACUACCCACGAUGCCGAGGUAGCGCGCCUGAAGAAACAAAGUGCCGAGCAAGCUGUAGAACAGAAGCGGCAGGUAGAAGCCGCGAAGGUCGCGGAGCGCACCCUAGCAACAGAACUGCAUUUCGUACGCCAGGAUAGAGAAGAGCUGGGGCGGGUUAAAACAAGGAAGAGGGAUGGCCCUACGACCCCCAAGAAGAACAAGGUUUGGGGACUGGCCGAUGGUUUUGAUGGCAUUGAGAUCAUGUCGAGCCCAACACGGGGCGAGGCGCAAAAGAGGAAGGACUCUUCCUUCACCAUCCCCCCCGUUGAGCGCACGCCGACCAAGGGAAAGAGGAAACGGCCUGCCGUCGAUAGUCCAACUUUUGCUCUCGAAACUCAUUCGGAAGAAUUAGGACUUGACGACAUGCGGAAUGGCGCGGAGCCUGCUGCACAUAGCGACACGUCGAGCGUCUUGCCUUAUGAUUUUCUCAAACUGGUCCUAGACCACAGCGCCCUCCACGGCCAGUCUCUGACUUUCGAUCUCUUGUCGCGCUUUGCGUUCCCCUCGACUCCCUUGGAAACCAUUGCUUCUGUCAUCUUCCAGAAGUUGCCCCAGAUGGGUAGCUCUCGAGAACCCCUCCGCCUGCUCGCCGACUUUUCAGAAUUCAUGAUCGAUUUGUGGCAACAGUGCUUGUCGGAAAAAUACCACGCGCCAAUAUAUUAUCUCGCUGCGUUGGUUUCGUACACGUUGCAGCUCAACACAAUUGCCGUGGCCCCUCAUGUCAUAUCGUCCUUGAUUCCGCUCUGCACAACAACGUGCCGCCUGGUGGCGCUCCCUCGGUUUAAUAGCGUGGAUGGGGAUAUCUCUAAUCAUCCGGAUCAGAUCGUUCGGCAACUAUAUUCUGACAUUGACGUCACUCAGUGCCUAUCACUCUUGUAUCUAGCUGCGUUGGGCUGUUUCCCAUCACCUUCCGAGGGUUCGGAUAUGGAUCCCCCUUUGGAGUACUUCCAUCAAGUUCAGUUUUGGAAGUCCGUCGAGCUCGAAUUCAUUUUGAUGAUGCUCUCGCCGAAGCAUCCCGAGCCAGAUUGGUUCGGGGCGCUCUCCCUUUUGUGGACUUCGGUGCUUCCCCAUAGCAUUGGGCCCAUACCAAAUUCGCUCUCAACGACUCACUAUGCAAACGGCCGGGCCGAGGCCGAGACACCCGAGUCCAUCGCCAACAUGAUCAUUGAUCGUGUCUCGUCCUUUCUCGCCGAGUCACCUCGGUGGGCGACACCGGGUUCGGCACAGCAAGUCAACGUCCGAUCGGCUGCGCUGAGAACUAUGAUGGUGUUCGCUACGAGCCCCUUUGGAGCCAUGCAUAUUGCCAACAGCGAGGUUGCAAUCCCUCGCCUGGUCACUGUCUUGUGCUGGGCUAUUGAUAGGCUAUACGACAUGGAUGUACAACUUUCUCUGCGAAGAAUUCCCGAUAUUCGCGCCGGCAAUGAUAGACCUGGGGUCAAACUGGGGGAUAGCAUGGAAUGCAGAGUCCAGGACCGGGAAGAAACACAGGAAAUGCAGAUGGAUCUAGACGAUGCUGCGCAGCCGGUACCGAGGGACCCUGACGUCAUGGAGGCCGAGACCUGCCGCGACGAUGUUGCCGAGUACGACAUGCAUAGGCUUCUUUGUCGUUUCAUUGCACAGGCAAUGCUACUCCUCCACACACUCGUCACAGACUCGCGCACCGCGAAUAUCGUCAACAUGACGGCAAAGCUGGCAGCAUCUCAUGGCGGUGCGCAGCGGUAUCUUCUUACAUUAGCGCGGCUCAAUUUUGCAGAAGAAGACCUCAUUCUAGAGGCUGGCAUUGACGCCGACACCGUGGAAUUAGCCCAUGAGCUGCUAGAGCUUGCCGUAACCCCCGACGAGGGGGAGGGUGUUGGCGAGCUGUUUGUAUGA